AUGAAUAAGAUCAAACAGACUGCUACAGUAGGAAAUGAUUUAAUAGUGAAGUAUCAGGUCUCGUCGUUAAUAAAACUUGAAGAGUUAAACAAGCUUUCCUCUAAGAAAUCUAAAUUCUUAUCACUAUACAAAAGAUUCUAUAGACUACGUAACAUGGUUGAUUCCAAGCCAUACAAUAAAGAAAUAUACCAGAAGAUAAUACGACGGAAAUUCACCAUGGAGGACUUUAAUCUGAAACGAAGCAUCUUAUUAGAUGACGUUGACAUAUUAUCAGAAAUUAGUUUGUUUGAACGUAUUAUAAAUACAUUAGCAUUUGUUCACAAUUCAACGGUGUAUUUACCAUCAGAGAGAAAGGAGAAGCCUAUAUUAUUCUUUCAGGAUUUAGAACUGCCUCAAAGAAUGGAAAAACUGAUAAUAUUGACGUUGCUAAGAAUGGAUCAGCAGAAACCGCAUAUCAUUAAAUAUGAUCGAAAGUACGAAUGGGUACCUAAGAUAAAUAACCAAUUGAACAACUUAUCAAACGACCCCGAUUCUAAGGAGUACAAAUCUGCUUUUAAAGACGUUGAUGCUAAUCUUAUUGGGUUUCGGGAUUACGAGUUAAACUUAAUGAGAUUAAACGAAUGUUAUAGAUUAUGUUUAUAG